UUUUUAAUAAAAGAAAAACAAAAGUGAAUUAAUAAAUGUGAAAUUCAAUUUGGACCGCAACGUCAGUACAGGAACCACAACUGCCGUCCAGGCGACAGCACCAUAUAAGAAAAUAAAGUAAAAAAAAAAAAAGAAAUAAUAAAUAAAACUCUCUGGAAAAAUUCAAACAGCAAAAAGGACAACCCCCUUCGGGCGGCAGUUCGAUAAAAUUGCCAACAAAACUGCAUCCUGUCGGCAUCGAAAAGUGACGCCUGGCAGCCCGGCGGCGAGUCCUGGCCAAGGACGUGAAGAUGCGCUUCAUUAAUUUGGCUGGCAGCCGCAGACUGUCUGUGGAAAAUCAGCUGCAGCAGAAGCAACAGCAGCAGGACGAACAGGAGCUGAAACAGGAACAGGAUCUCAAACAGGAACAGGGACUCGCGUCAGCUGCACUGACACAGCAUUGAAUUGCAUUCCGCAGAAAUGGUGGAGGACAAUGAGUCGCCGGAAGCGGAAGGAGCCGUCCCCCUGUUGGCCCUCCUUCGCGGAGAUGGUUUCAAUCAGAGCCAGGCCCAGAUUCUGGCUCAAGUCCCAACUCAGAUGCCUCCCUUUUUCGGCAGCUACAAUAUAUCCGAGGAUGUGUACUUCUACUUCAACGGUGCGCCCACAAGUACGGAACUGGCACUCGGAGGGGCGGGAGCACUCAAUGCCAGCAGCACCACCUUGAGUCCCACGACGAGCGGAGUGGGUUCCUCCACCACACCGGAACCGGAUCUCUCCGAGUUCCUGGAGGCUCUGCCUAAUGAUCGAGUGGGGCUGUUGGCCUUCUUGUUCCUCUUCUCGUUUGCCACCGUUUUUGGCAACUCUCUGGUUAUAUUGGCCGUCAUCAGGGAGCGGUACUUGCACACGGCCACCAAUUACUUCAUAACCAGCCUUGCGGUGGCCGACUGUCUAGUAGGUCUGGUGGUCAUGCCCUUCUCCGCCCUGUACGAGGUGCUGGAAAACACGUGGUUUUUUGGCACUGACUGGUGCGACAUCUGGAGGUCCUUGGACGUGCUCUUCAGCACAGCCUCAAUACUGAAUCUGUGCGUGAUCUCCCUGGAUCGAUACUGGGCCAUCACGGAUCCCUUCAGCUACCCCAUGCGGAUGACCGUAAAGAGGGCCGCCGGUCUGAUAGCCGCCGUUUGGAUUUGCUCCAGUGCCAUCAGUUUCCCGGCCAUAGUCUGGUGGCGAGCGGCGAGGGAUGGGGAAAUGCCGGCCUACAAGUGCACCUUCACCGAGCACCUGGGCUACCUGGUCUUCUCGUCGACGAUCUCGUUCUACCUGCCGCUCCUGGUCAUGGUCUUCACCUAUUGCCGGAUCUACAGGGCGGCGGUGAUCCAGACGAGGUCUCUGAAAAUCGGCACCAAACAAGUCCUGAUGGCGUCCGGAGAGUUGCAACUCACCUUGCGGAUCCACCGUGGCGGCACCACCCGCGACCAGGCCAAUCAGGUGGCAGGAGGAGGUGGCGGAGGAGGAGGGGGAGGUGGAUCCCUCAGUCACUCGCAUUCCCAUUCGCACCACCAUCAUCACAAUCACGGCGGAGGCACAACCACCUCCACUCCGGAGGAACCCGACGAUGAACCUCUAUCCGCUCUUCACAACAACGGACUGGCCCGUCACCGGCACAUGGGCAAAAACUUCUCGUUAUCCCGGAAGCUGGCCAAGUUCGCCAAGGAAAAGAAAGCGGCCAAGACGCUGGGCAUCGUGAUGGGUGUGUUCAUCGUGUGCUGGUUGCCCUUUUUCGUGGUCAACCUGCUGUCCGGAUUCUGCAUCGAGUGCAUCGAGCACGAGGAGAUCGUCUCGGCGAUUGUGACUUGGCUGGGCUGGAUAAACUCCUGCAUGAAUCCUGUCAUCUAUGCCUGCUGGAGCAGGGACUUUCGCAGGGCCUUUGUGCGACUGCUGUGUAUGUGCUGUCCUCGAAAGAUCCGCCGCAAAUACCAGCCCACGAUGCGGUCAAAAUCACAGUGUCAUGUGGCUGCCGCCAUGGUGGCCGCCUCCACAUCCUUCGGCUACCACUCGGUGAACCAGCUGGACCGCACGCUCAUGUGACGUCAGCUGAGCAGUUGCAGCACCUGCAGCGGUGGCAGCAACUGCGGCGGCUCCAGGUCCGCCCACCACCAGCACCACUCCUCCGGAACGCCGACACCCUCCUCGUCGCAGCGAUCCUGCACCAGGUGCCAGAGCUUCCAUCGCCAUCAUCAUCGACCCCGACGCCGCAGCUCGGGGAUGCAGCUGCGGGGCGACUACAACUCCACAUCGGCGGUGAACAGUGCGGUGGCCAAGACGAUUGUGACGAUCACGGCGCCGCCAGUGGCAGCUGCCUCGGCCAGCUCCCUGCACCUUGGCGGUUCCGGUCCCGGAAAUCGGCGUACCUCGGUGUCCACGCUCACCAUAGCCUCGGUGCCGCCAUCCCUGAGUGGAGCAGGGGGUUCUGUGAGUGCGGCCAAUACACCGCUGGCCCCAAGCUUGAAGGCCUUGACCUCGGGUCCUUCCAACUCAUCCGGUCACCACGUGUCCUUCAUGCCUAUGGCGGGUAUGAAACGUCUGCGCAGCUCCAACUCAUCACUGGGCUCACCCACUGCGAUAGGUGGCCCGGGUCCAGACACUACUUCGGCGCCCUCGCUCAUCGACGCCGUCGAGGAGCCGAUGAAUCGCAACCACCACCACCGGAUCCUCGAACAGUGCCAGAGCGUCCAGAGUCAGAUCACCACGCUGGGAGAUGUGGAGGACGACGACGAGGACACUGACAGUGGAAGCGAUAGCAUCGGUCCGGCCCUGGUGGAGACCCAGCCACAGUUGGAGAGCCAGCCAAUGGAGGUCACCAGUUCCUCCAGCUCCUCGGUGAAGUAAGGUCAGCCUCCAAACCAAAAA